AAAAUAUUAAAAUUAAUGAGUUUCCCUGAUUAUAUUGAUCAACUUAAUUACGAUUCCAAUUCAAGCGACUUAUAAUUCGAACAGGAUGAGUUGCCUAGCAAACGAUAAAACAAUAGCAAUAAGAAUAAAAAGCAAAUGCCGAAUACUAAGAAUGCCUACAUAAAUAAGAUAUCAUCCUUGAUAAAAAUAGCCAACUAAGAGUAAUCAGAUGAAAAGUAAAGGCAUAUGAAUAUUAAUAGAGUUGGUAAAAAACAAGUUCCAAAUAAGAUUUAAAGUCAGCUUAUAAUUGGAAGUUCUAAUUGUGAUAAGGAAGAUAAGUUGGCUAAGAAUAGAGAAUCAGCGAGAAAUAGUAGAAAAAGAAAGAAAAUCUAUUUAGAACUACUUGAGACCAAAGUCACAAAGUUAUCUGAAUAAUUGGAAAUAUUUAAAAGGGUAAAUGAAUAAACCACAGAAUUAGCAACAAACUUACAGGGUAAAAUAAGUCAGGUAACAUAGUAUUAAUGUUAGAGAUAAGAUUAAGAUUAAAAUAAGAUUAUAUUGUUUUCUAAUUUAUAAAACUCGGUGUAAAGUAAUAUCAAUGAAAUGAAUAUCGAUACAUUUAUUGAAUCACUGAAUGUAAAUAAUACUCAAAUAUGAUUUCAGAAAAAAUUUGGAUCAGGAUCCUUGGAGAGAUAAUAAUAAAUUGAUCAUUAUGCUCGGUAAAUAUAUGAGAAUUGCCUAUCUCCAUAUUUAAAUUACAUAAUUGGAGUGGCCAAGACCGAUUAGGAUAUUUUCGCAUCCUCAGAGUCUUUGUCAGAACAUGGUGUAUUAAGAAGUUUAAAGUUAACGGAUAAACAAAAACAAACUCUUCAGAAAAAAUAAAAAAAGUUACUACGAUAUUAAAAUGAUUUGACUAAGUAUUUUCAUAGAUAUUCUAUUAAUAGUACUCUUUCAUCUUUUUAGGAGAUUAAAAAUUAGGUGUAACUUGAAUUAGGUGCUUAUGGAUAGACUCUAGAAUAGUUGAGGAAAGAAUUGAAGCCUAGUCAAGUGGCUAAAUUUUUAUUAGAAAUUGAAAAGAAGGAUAUGCAACAUUAAUUUAAGGAUUAAUUUGAGAAAUGUUUUGGGUCUGAAUUUGAUGAAGAUGAUUCUUUAGAUCUUUAUUAAUUCAUGGCUGAACAUAAUUAUUGUAAUACACUUGGUAUUGAUAUACAAAAUACAUAUUAAAUUUACAAAUAGUCAAAUGAUUUCUUGAAAGGUAGAAUAGAUGUUGAAGAAUCCUAGUAAACAGCAACUAAAAUUGAGUGA